AUGAACAAAAGAACAUAGAAAGCCUCUAAAAGUUUCAUAAAAACUCUAAAAUCUAUUCUUGAAAAUGAUGAGUAUUCCUCCAUUAUUUAAUGUACUCCUGAAAACGAUGGCUUCAUUAUCUUGGAUUAAAAGUCUUUAGAAAAUAUUAUAUUGCCUCAGCAUUAUAAAAUUAAGAGUUUCGAUAGCUUUCGAAGAUCUCUAAACAUAUAUGGGUUCCAAGUCAAGAAGCGCAAGGAUGGCAAGAAGCUCUAUUACAAUAAGAAUAACAAUUUCAGUAAUGAAACUACCAUCAAAAGAGCCCCUUAAAAACUAACCCAAGAAAAUCUUGACCUCUUGGAUUAGACAAACUUGUAACUCUAUUUUUAACUCAUGGAACUAAAAUAAUAAUAGGAGUCUUUAUUUUAAUAAACUUAAAAGGUAAUCUAAUUACAACAAUUAAUUUCGAAUUAAAUGAAAAAUUUGCUGAUACGCUAUUCAAAAGGAGCAAUUUAUGAAAUGGCUCUUGUUUAGAAAUUCCCUAAAUUCUUUUUAAUGUUCUUUCAAUCCCUAUAGAACCAAACAUAUAAGAAACACAUAACAAAAUCAAUUUAAUUGGUCACUAAAUAAUUUCACACAGCCCAGAAUCCUGAGAUCAAAUUACCAAACACUAAUAAUGUUUGUUAAUUGCUAAGUAAACACCUGCAAUAGUUUAAAUUCAAUUUAUCAUUCAAUAUCUAGCUACUCUUUAAUAAUUUAGAUCAACCAGAAGAAAUUGAGCAAUCAAUACAUGAAAAUGAAAGCAAUUUUAGUAACUAUUUUUGUUUAAACUAAAAAUAAAAUAACUCCUAGAUUUGA